AAUUUAUUCUUUACAACCAUGGAAGCUCAACUAGGUGCUCUUGAUGUCGUAGCUAAGUUUGGCGCAAAGGAUGACUUGAAUACGGAUUUGAGUAAGCCAUUGUUGGAUGCUUGGAAAGAAGCAUGUGCUUCGCCAACUCCAUCAACAAUUGUGAUUCCUAAAGGUACAUAUUUAUUAAGUCAAGCAACCCUGGAAGGUCCUUGCAAGGCUCCUAUAGAGCUUCAAGUUCAGGGCAAUAUAAAAGCACCAGCUGAUCCUAAAGCUUUCAAGGAGCCUAAAUGGGUUAGCUUUCUUCAUGUUGAGAACUUUAAAUUGUUUGGUGGAGGAGCUUUCGAUGGACAAGGGACCGCUGCUUAUAAGCGAGAAGGUUGCGAAAACACGACUUCUGUAGUAACCUCCCCUCGUAAGAAUAUCAGGUUUGAUUAUUUGACCAUGCCAAUGAUACAAGAUAUAACUAUCAGAGAUAGCAACAGUUCCACGCAAAUGUUUUGGGAUGCAAAAAACAUUACUUUCGAAAGUGUCACUGUAUCUGCACCUGAAGAUAGCCCAAACACAUGGGAUUCACAUCGGGAGAUCAGACGGGGAAGAAUCAAUGUGAAACUAAGCAACAUCAGCUUCAAGAACAUUCAUGGUACGGCUGCGCUUUCGGAGGUUGUCAAACUCGUUUGCAGUGGUACUUUUCCAUGCAAAAAUGUAGAACUCGCCGACAUUGACAUUACGUUUAGUGGACCGAAUGGACCUGCCAAAUCCGAAUGUAAAAAUGUUACACCAAAAAUUACUGGCAAACAAAAUCCGGUAGCAUGUUCUACUCCCGUACCAGCAAACCCUACCCUCGGUUUAAAUGUUGGCCUGCAAUAA